UCAAGGUUUAAAUUGUCAAAAUGUUGUAUUUUUUUAAUGAAAUUUUGGGAAAAUGUUCCCAAAUCGUCAAAAAGUUGUUGUAGGUCAAAAGCUAAGAUUAUUAGCUGCACAGAACAGUCAUACAUGUACUUAAGUUGGCUGUUAGCACAGCUUCGAACACGAUGAAUGUAAGAACACGUGUCGUAAAAGAAAUAUGCAAUUUCCUCAAAACUGUGGUUAAAAUUGAUAUGAAACUUUUGCGUAAAUAAGAAACAAAAUUACAAUAUUUUUAAGAUACCGUGCAGUGUGGGAAGCGCUCUGUGAGCUGAGUUAUAAAUAUUUAAAGUUAGCGCAGAGCUCUUAUUGUUAAUAAAGCGGUUCAAGACAUGGAUUAACUGCGGUACUUGUACUAGAUAUGGUGGCUCUGCGAGUGGUGAUAUUCCUUAAAUAGUGGGGAGCCGAUUGUUUAAUUGCAUAUUUUAUAUACUUUCUUAAUACUUCUUAAUAUACUUCUUAAUAUACUUCCGCCAUUGCCGCUAACUCAUUGACGCUAAUUUAGCGCACAUAAGCCAAAAGCUAAAUAAUGGUAUUUUCGGUUUUGAGAAGGGUCACAUUGUUUCCGAUAACGCAUUUUAAAUGGUCACACUUAGUGGGGCGCCAAGAGGAAAUAUCGAUAUCGAUUCCGAGUGUUGUGAUAAAAAUUACAAAUAAAUUACAAAAGCGAACGAAAGAAAAUCAUGGAAAAAAGUGAGCCCAGCUAUGGCGCUAUGUGGACAUUCAAGCUGGUGGCACCGUACGUGAUCGUCGGCUACUUGUGCGGCCUCGCGGUGACGCUUGCAUGGAACUGGUGGCAGCUGGGAUACUUGGUUCUGAGUCUAAACCUCACCUACGCGUUCCCGGUGGCGCUUGCUCUGGCGCUUCUUUACAGCCGGCCCGUUAGGUGCAUUUUGACGCUGGCCGUUCCCUCGCUGUGCAGCUCUAGGGGCAGGGCGUUCCUCAUCAGCCUCGCCUUUGUCGUGGCCGCCGUCGGGCCUACGGCCAACAUUGUAUCCAAUUUGAAGGUGAUGCUCCAAAGCCUCGCUUGCGGACAGCAGCUAUUGAGACAGGCGCUCGGCCAGAUGUUGGACGUAAUACUGGAGCCGGUGAAUGCCAUCCAACUGGCGGUGGAUCUGUUGCUGCAGGAAGUGCGUCGGGUGCUCAAGCUGGCCAUGUUAGUCCUGUUACGCAUUCAGGACCACCUAGUUGCAAUUAUUGAAACCCUGAAGAACUGCGCCGCUUGGCUGAAAUCCAUCGUAGACAUGUGCAACACAGAAAUGGGCACUCCCUGGGCACGUUGCAAAAAGACGGCGCAUGAAGCUAUGAUCAGGUGCCAGUCAAAAUUGGGCGUAUUCAAGGCACUCUGCCAUGCUACAAAACUAUUUCUGGCCCUCUGCUACCCCGCAAAGAUCAUCGAUGUGUUUUGCAGCGGUUACUGGGAUUUCAGCUGGGGUCUCCUUGAUAAAAUCUUUGAACGCUACCGCGAAUUUGUGCGGCACAUAGAGGAAAUGUUCGACGCCAAUAUCACUUUCGAGCACGAAUUUUUCUUUGACACAAACUCCUCUAAGAGCCUGGUGGAUGUGGGAGAGGAAAUUAUACAGGACAUUAACAAGCGACUGCCGUCAUUUAUCUUCUUGAGCAGCUUUGUGGACAUUCUCUGCUGGGUCAUGGUGGUUACUGUGUUUUUAAAAGCCACCAUCUUCUACCUGCGAUACAUGCACAGCCGCCAAUUUCAGAAUGUGUUCAUGACAAAGAUUUUAAGUGAUAUCGACCGGCGCUACGAAAAGCACGGUUACGAUCCACUACUACCACUUCAACGGCUUGAAAGGUCAAAGUAUAUGAAGCUUACUAGUUUGCGCUUGACUUUAUUUGAGUUCGUGUCUAUUGUUGAGAACGCCUGUUUCAUGGCCACAACCUGUCUGCAGCUGUUUGCAAUCUGCUUCCUGGAUUAUGGGCUGUUCUGGCUGCUGACCACUAUGUCCUUUCAUGGCCACCAAGAGUCUGGGUUGGAGGUGCCCGCUUACGUUGAUCUAGAGAUAAAAGGUGGAGGCUUUGUGGCCGAUGUAAUGCGGGGAAUCGCUAAUGCCUUUCGCCCCUUGACGCAAAAAAGCAUUCUAGACGUCAAUCCCUGCAUACCGCUGCCCGUAAAACCAGAUUAUGCUAAGUAUAUAAUUAUAUUACUACUCUGUCUGCUCGCUUGGCUGAUCCUUUUGGCCGAGCCAUAUAUUUUGCGCACCCGCCAUCUCAUAAUGGCCUACUUCUAUCCAGAACGCGCCAAGGAGAGAGGCAGCUUUCUGUACAACAUGAUUUCUGAAGAUAGAAUAAGCAUUUUUAAGUUUGUUCGCCGCAGAAAGCGUAAUAAGUUUAACCACACACCGAAUGUUAAGAAAACUAGAAACUUCACUUGGCUGUAUAACGGAUUCUCCUGUUUAAUCUGCUUGUGCUCCUGCUGCCCCUUCUGCCAGAGCACUGAGAGGUGCACCAUAUGUGGCCGAGCUUUGACUCCUUCGAAUCGUAACCCCUGCGACACUCCUGGAUGUAAAGGGGUUUACUGCAGCAAAUGCUUCGAAAAGUCUCACAAUAAGUGCUGUCUGUGUAAUCGACCCGUGGAUUAUGGUGAUUUUUCCGACGUUACUGAAGUGGACGACUCUUCGGACUAUUCUGAAAAAGAAUCAUUCAGCAAAAAACAAAUCAGAAAGACCUGUGGAGCACAACGCUAACAACGAGAGAAUACAAGUUAUCCAGGAAUAUUUUCACCUAUUAAACCUGAUAUUCAGCUAAUUAAAAAUAUAUGGUUUAGUAGUAGGGUAAUCAGCGCCAAUGAUUGCCGAUUUGAACCGAGUAUUCGUCUUCAGGUUUGUGCUGUGUCUGCAGGACGACAACAUUUUUUUAUAAUUUGUGCAAUUCCUGCCCCUCGCCGCCUUUGGGAGUCCUAAACCAAGCACUGCAUUGUUUGCCGAGCUCGUGGGCGACGGCGGGUUAAACUGUUUCCCACCUAUUAAGAAAAUUGCGC